AGGGUUCCGUGAGAGCCGUUUGCCCCACCCCACCUCUUCAGCGCUAUCUAUCUCAAUGUACAAUUCUCAGAGAGAGAAAAAAAAAAACGGGGGCAAAAAUAAUUGAGAGAAACACCGCGAACGGAUCGACUCUAACCUACCCGACCGGUUGAACGGAGCGGCCGCGGGCUAUCGGCUCCGAAACCAACUGCCUAUCUCCGUUUGGAUGAAGUGAGUGAAAAAAAAAAGCCCCACCGCGGUAUGUUCAUGUAUCAUGCACAUGUAACCAUAAUCUGCUGUACGGAUUCAAAAGGAAUACAAAAAACCCAGAGAGCUGACAGCGGACCGUGCUUCUGCUGCUGCUUGCGCCAAAACGGGGAACAGAGCGAAGGAUUUCCACGGUUAUCGGCCGGAUAUUUGGACGGUCAGACGCCGAGAGCUGCCUCUGCUCGGCCGGAGGAGGUUUCCGAUGUGAGGAGAAACACAAAUUAACGCCACGGAGAGAAAAGCGAAAGAAUAGCGGCCUUUUUCCCCCCCUUUUCUGCUUUUUUUAUUCAAUCAAACAAAAAGGCCAGACAGCAGCAUCUAUUGACCGAAGACAGGAUUGAUUUUUUUUGACACAGGAUAUUAUCAGUAAGGUUGCUCAGAGCCAUCCUAAAAAAAAGAAAAAAGAAAAUGUGAUUUUUUUUUUUUUUGGGUGAAGAAGACCUGGUGUAGCCUGAUGAUUCACAUGCCGUCAUUUUAAGAGGACAUAUUUAUUAUUUUAUUUUCUCUCCCACUCGUCCUCUAUUGUUUGCAAUCCUUUCGAUCUACCAACCUGAAUUUCUCCAGUUUUAUUUAGGAGUGAAUAAAAGGAGAGGCUUGAAGAACAUAGCAUAGUCUGCUUGAAAUGGAUUGAAUGGCAGAGGGAGAUUUCAGAAGAAGAUGGGCUCCUGAGGGGACAUUAGCUGAAAAAAAUAGAUAUUUAGAUCAUCAACAUACAGAUAAUAAUAAAAUAAUCUGAGGCUGGUGUUUGAGAUCCAUACGCAUUGAAGGAAUUUGAUGUGGUUCAUUCAUGAGCAGCCAGAAAACUGGAAAUCCCACAUCCACUCUCCUAUCAGCAUUGAUGACUUCAUUGCGGAUUUACAGUGAAAAACACGGGAAUCAAGUGUUGGAGAGGGCGGGAUCCUUUUUCUGCUCUUCUCAUCUCCCUUUGCUGAUGGGUUUCCAGUGAAUACCCACCUCCAAUAAUCAAGGUGAAGUCUACUACCUGGCAUCUGCUUCAUCUGAAGAACAUACAUGUCACCAUUUCUGAGCUGGGUGUUCUUCUGCUGGUCCAGUUGAGGAAUUUAGGGUUCAAACACAUCCACCCACCUUGAACCUUUCUGUGAGCCCAUCACUGGAUCUGUUUGUUUGUUUGGUUUUGGGAAGAUGGGCUGUCUUGGGAAUAGUAAGACUGAAGACCAACGAAAUGAGGAGAAGCUUCAGAGGGUGGCAAACAAAAGGAUAGACAGGCAGCUGCAGAAAGACAAACAGAUAUACCGUGCCACUCAUCGACUUCUCCUGUUAGGGGCCGGAGAAUCUGGGAAAAGUACGAUAGUCAAACAGAUGCGAAUACUGCACGUCAAUGGCUUCAACGCAGAGGAGAAAAAACAGAAAAUUCAUGAUAUUAAAAACAACAUAAAAGAAGCUAUAGAGACAAUCGUGGCUGCCAUGAACACACUCACGCCUCCGUGCCAGUUAGCGUGUCCUGCGAACCAGUUCCGGGUCAAUUAUGUCCUGGGCCUAGUAAAUCAGAAGGACUUUGAUUUCCCUACGGAGUUUUAUGACCACACAAAGACACUCUGGCAUGAUGAAGGUGUGCGGGCAUGCUGGGAAAGAUCCAAUGAAUAUCAACUCAUCGACUGCGCCCAGUACUUCUUAGACCGGAUUGAUGUGGUGAGGCAGAAUGACUACACACCCACUGAUCAGGACCUCUUGAGAUGCAGAGUUCUGACAUCUGGGAUCUUUGAAACCAAGUUUCAAAUUGACAAAGUUAAUUUUCAUAUGUUCGACGUUGGCGGUCAGAGGGAUGAACGGCGAAAAUGGAUCCAAUGUUUUAACGAUGUGACGGCCAUUAUCUUUGUGGUGGCGAGCAGCAGCUACAACAUGGUGAUCAGAGAAGACAAUCAGACCAACAGACUACAGGAAGCUCUCAACCUGUUUAAAAACAUUUGGAACAACAGGUGGUUACGGACCAUCUCUGUUAUCCUUUUCCUGAACAAACAGGACCUUCUAGCUGAGAAAGUUUUGGCAGGAAAGUCUAAAAUUGAGGAGUACUUCCCAGAGUUUGCACGCUACACUACGCCUGACGAUGCAAUACCAGAACUGGGGGAGGAUCCCAGAGUGACCAGAGCAAAGUACUUCAUACGGGAUGAGUUUUUGAGGAUCAGCACAGCCAGCGGGGACGGACGACAUUACUGCUACCCGCAUUUCACCUGCGCCGUCGACACGGAAAACAUCCGGCGCGUCUUCAGUGACUGUCGGGACAUCAUACAGAGGAUGCACCUGCGGCAGUACGAGCUCCUGUGAUGCGCGGCUUCAUCAGGUCCACCGUACUUAACCCAACAACCACCCUCCUCACCACGAACCAGUUAGCCCGUCGCCUCUUCACUCUGACAGAAUUCACCUAACAUCCAAUCCGUUUGAACUCUCCUCCACUUGAUUCUUCUGGUAAUACAAACUCCUUAACCUCGGAAAAACUGAGAAGACUUUAUCAUGAGUGGUCAGCUUGGACUGCACUCCCUCAGUCUGGAUGUUUUCUCUCAUUUAUACGACCACCUGCUCACAGGUACACAUGCACUACAGAUUGUGACAUUCUGACUGUUGAAAAACCGCCUAAUCAUUGCCCCCUCCAGUGUCCUGCACCAACAGUUAGCAGGGAGGGGGGGAUCUGUUCACACACUCUGAGAUGCAGGAGUUUAUUCACCGCGUGCUGAAGAGAAGAGAUGGACCCGGAUGGUGGAAACAGAGGAGCAACUGUCAGCUGUUUUUUUUUUUGUUUUUUUUUUCCUUUUCUCUCGCUGUGCCCCGGAAUGGACGGACUAAUUGAUUAAUGGCUGCUUGGGGACAUGAGCAAGACUCUGAGAUGAAGUCUCAUGAUCUGCUCUUCAAGAAACCAAUCAAGAUAACACAGACGGAAAACAAGCAAACAAAAAAACAAAAAAAAAACAUACAAGAAUCAUGCUUACCAGUGAACUUAAUGCAGUGCAAAAAAAUAAAAUAAAAAAUCCAAGCUAUAUAUAUAGAUAUUUAUAUAUGUGUGUAUAUAAAUAUGUAUAUAUAUAUAUAUAUAAAUAUAUAUAAAUACAUAUAAAUAUUAUAUAUUCCUGUAAUAACACAAUUGGAGUUUUAAGUUUUUGUUAGUUUUUACCCCAUGUUGUUUGUCUGUGUACACAGUGUGUGAGAUCUGCCUUUGUGCACCAUGUAACCCCUGCACCACACACACACACUCAUACACACAGACCGUACUCUACAUCCCUGACCCUAUUUUACCCCUGCUGCUAUCUGACGACUAUUUAACGUGAAAAAUAAAGAAAAGGUUUGACUUACCGGAGAUAAACAGCAACAGGAAAGCAUGAAGAUCCAGAUUUGCAGAGACUGGUUGCAACAUUUACUACCUGGGAGUGAACACCCACACACCACACAGAAACAUGCUCUGGCUCCUCUCCUCUCCUCUCCUCUCCUCACCCGGCUUUAAGUGCGCCUGUCUUUUUAUUUACUGCUGGACUAUUAUUCUUGUACAGACUGUAAAAUGUAUUAUUUUGUACAACUUUAUUGAAGAAAAGAAAAUAACUUGUAGAAGAUCCCUGUGCCUUGAUCACGACUGUACGUGCGAAAAAAAAAGAAAAAAAAUGAGCUAAACAUGUAAGUUAUGUUUCACUGCGCUGUACAGCUGGACGGGUCAGAUAUGCUACGUCCGGACCAGCUCACCCCCCCUCUCCCUCCCCUCACCGCUGCUGUUGCCACCAGCUGAGAAGCGAAGGGGUAAAGUGUACUGUCGGGGAGGAGGCUUUUCGUCUGUUGGUUAUUUACAUUGUUUUUUUUCCACAUUUUGUUUGUUGAUUUUUUUUGUUUUGUUUUUUUGCCUUGACUUCUCUCUGGUUUAUAUAAUAGGAAUUUUAAAAAGUUUAAAAAAAAAAAGACACCCACCUUAAUGCUGUGUAGUGCCAAUAUUUAAGCCAAACACAAUUUAAUCUAAGAAAAAAAAAACUGGUAUUGUAUUUUUAGCUCUAACUCAUUAGAGUUGAACGAACAUGUCACGUUGGGGAUAAAUGUAUUUAUUUUUCUUAAAACUAACUGAACUUUGCAUCAAAAACAGCUAUACUAGCAAUUGGUCCAUUUUACCUUUACAGACUCUCCGUUCUACAGCAGCUAAGCUCUGUGGAGGUUAUGCUGCGUUUUUGUUUCUGCUCAGUCUGGAUCAGUUUGGGUUAAUAUAUGAGAACAACAGGAAGGGGGAAAAUAUUUAUCUAAGGGCUCCUUCCUUGCAUUUGUCCAUUGGUCCAUCUAUUAAUUGAUUUCUGAUUCUCUUAGUCCAACCAUCAGCCUUUUCUUAAAUCUAAUAAUUUCUCUAUUCAGCAAAUAAUCAUCUGUUCUUUCAUCCAUAUAUCUCUUCUCAUUUAUCCAAAUACCCAUCCAUCUGUCAUUCCCUCCGUUUAUUCGGCUGCUUGUGCACCAAUCAAUUAAACCUUUGCUCACAUUG